AAAGGCUCAUCCCAUGUUCAUGGAAUCGUCCUUUGUGGUUUUCAACUGGGCGCCAUUUUGAUUAAACUUAUGUGAAAGGGGCUGUGGACAGCAUUGUGUUAGAUAUUUUCUUAAUUUCAACAAGUUUACAGCAGAAUUGAGUGGCUUUUCAUAGAGACUGAGCAAUUUGAGUACACCGAAAAUGGCCACGGGAGCAAACGCAACCCCUUUAGGGAAGUUGCACCCCAGCAUUGGCGCUAAACGAGGAUUUGACGCCGGGCCUGGUGCUGGGAACGGCUUGAUGCCAACACCGGGGCAACCAACAUCCUUUCCUUCGCUGCAAGGUUUCCAGCCCACAAUGCCAAACGCAUCUUUUCCGUCACACCAGUUCAAUCCAGGGACAAGUUUUUCGACUCAAGUCCAACAACCAGCCGCGGGGGGUGGACUAGCCAAACCAGAUUUCGGUCAGAAGAAACAAAGGAAAAAGAGUCGUUGGAGCAGCGAGACGCCUGACCAGAAAACAGUCAUACCGGGCAUGCCCACUGUCAUUCCCCCUGGACUGACCCGGGAUCAAGAGAGAGCUUAUAUAGUCCAACUGCAGAUUGAAGACCUGACUCGUAAACUGCGUACAGGAGACCUGGGAAUCCCUGUUAACCCUGAGGACAGGUCUCCCUCUCCAGAGCCCAUCUAUAACAGCGAGGGUAAGAGGUUAAACACCCGUGAGUAUCGCACACGAAAGAAGAUUGAGGAGGAGCGUCACUCCCUCAUCACUGAGAUGGUUGGACUCAACCCUGACUUCAAGCCUCCGGCAGACUAUAAGCCUCCAGCCACCAGAGUCAACGACAAAGUUAUGAUCCCCCAAGAUGAAUACCCUGAAAUCAACUUUGUUGGGCUGUUAAUUGGGCCACGUGGUAAUACGUUGAAGAACAUUGAGAAAGAAUGUUGCGCCAAGAUCAUGAUUCGAGGGAAAGGUUCUGUGAAGGAGGGGAAGGUUGGCCGAAAGGAUGGACAGAUGCUGCCAGGGGAAGAUGAGCCCUUGCAUGCCCUGGUCACUGCCAACACAAUGGAGAAUGUCAAAAAGGCUGUAGAGCAGAUUCGUAACAUUCUGAAGCAAGGCAUUGAGACUCCUGAGGAUCAGAAUGAUCUCCGAAAGAUGCAGCUGAGAGAGCUUGCCAGACUUAAUGGCACACUGAGGGAAGAUGACAACAGGAUCCUUCGUCCUUGGCAGAACGCUGAGCCACGCAGCAUCACCAACACUACCCUCUGUACCAAGUGUGGUGGAGCAGGCCACAUCUCCUCUGACUGCAAGUACACCAGCUCAUUUGCUGCCCACAGAGCAACAGGGGGGGAGCCUCCUCAGUCAGCCCAAGACAAGGCUCGUAUGGAUAAGGAGUAUCUGUCCCUCAUGGCUGAGCUGGGGGAAGCUCCAGUCCCCACUUCUGGUGGAGGACACUCCAGCACCCAGGGAGGUGCACCGCGGGCCUCAGGACCCAAUAAUAGCCAGCCACCACCAAACCGGCCUCCUUGGAUGAGCUCCGGUCCAGCUGAGAGCAGGAACUUCCAUGGCAUGCCUGGAGGACCUGGUGGCCAUGGAGGACCUCACAACUUCCCUCCCCCAAUGCCCAACAUGGGAGGCCCCCCUAUGCCCCCAAACCCCAACGGCAUGCCUCCUCCCUGGAUGCAGCCUCCUCCUCCCCCAAUGGGCCAGGGUCCAGGACCUCACGGGCACCCCAUGGGUCUGUUGCCACCUCCAAUGGGCAUGAUGCCACCUCCACCUCCUCCUCCCAGCAACCAGCCACCUCCUCCCCCUUCUGGACCUCUGCCACCCUGGCAACAGCAGGCUCCACCUCCCCCUCCAACCAGCAGCAUGGCGACCAGCACACCGCUGCCCUGGCAACAGAAUACCACCACCACAUCCAGCCCUGGCACUGGCACCCUGCCUCCAUGGCAGCAACCCCAGCAGCCUGCAGCCUCCGGAGCCCAGCCUCCACCACCCAUUGGUACCCCAUCCAUGGUGCCGCCCCCUCCUGGCGUCCAGCCCCCAUUGCCCCCGGGUGCCCCUCCUCCUCCCCCUCCACCUCCUCCAGGCUCAACUGGCAUGAUGUAUGCCCCGCCUCCGCCCCCACCACCAAUGGACCCUUCCAACUUUGUCACCAUGAUGGGGAUGGGGGUACCGGGCAUGCCUCCCUUUGGCAUGCCUCCUGCACCACCACCUCCUCCACCUCAGAAUUAACCCUGCUACAGAAGAAUCGUCCUCCCACAAGAAUUUCCACUUGGCAGCACAUAGAUGUGUGCUCACAGAAAGAAAUAUAACCAGUGCUUUAUUUUUUAUUGAUCCUUGAUAUUGUGAAGAUAUCUCUGAAACAAUGAAAGGCUGUGUCAGUUCAACUUGUAAGUUGUGUAACUUAGUUAUUUUUCCUGUUUUUAAAGGUUUUGUUAACACAAAGCUCCCUGUGUGCAUACAAACACUGUUGCUCUGGGGCAUAUGUUCUGCAUUGCUGCCGUAGUUUGUCAUGUUACAUGUAUACCAAAUAAACUGCUCAGAUAUCCCGCCAGAUGUUUAAUUUCUGCUCAUCGCUCCAAAUGUUCAAUUCAAAAAUAAACACUUAAUGACCCUUGGAUUUAAUAUAUUGAAGUUCAACUUGCAUGAGCCCUCAUUAACGCUUCACUGACAAAUUGAAACUCUGUCAUGUUGCCCAUGUUGGCAUAGAGUUGAAUAAGAAUAUUUUUGUAAUAAUGAGAUGUGAAGUGUUUAUUCCUUUUGUCAGAAAACCUUUUUUUGUAGUAUUGUCUCAGAUUGUUUUCCAGAAAUUCACAGGGUUUUAAUUGUUUGGGUUUUUUUUGUUUUGUUUUUUUUACUUGCCUGCAUCUCAGUUUUGUGACAUUGAGUUUGACAAGGGGGAUCUGAUGCAGCGAUCUCUGCCAUCUUUUGACCCCCUGUACUACUUGACUGCAUCUUUCUGCUCUGACGCUGUGUGCAGUGUCUGUGUUGCUUUUGCAAGGACAAAAAUAUCAAUUUUGUCUUGAGUUAUUAUAGAAGAAAAAUGCUAGUUUUACUCUGUUUCUGGAAUCAGUCUGUGUUAUGGCGCUAGCCUGAAUGAGUAACUGUUGAAAUCUCUCUUGGUUUAGAAUUAAACUGAUCCAUUUGACCUUUU